CACCUUGGCUGAAGUUUUGUCAAAAAAUUCUCAAAUUUGACAGAUCCGACAGAUGUUAUAUUAAAUAAUACCUCUCAAUCAUAAAAUAUUUUCGAGUAAAGAAAAAUAUAAUUUUAUUUUGCCUGGUAACAUACAUUUGCCGGGAUUUGAUACCGGCAUCAUUAAUGUGUUAGAAUCAAUAUUCGACCACCAACAUUCAUUCUAUUUUUUGUUCGAAAUUUUAAUUGUUUUGUUUGGUAAUUUUUCCGUUUUGUAAAACUGCUCAGCAUGCGUGCUGGAGGGGCUUCUAAGAAAAAGAAAACUGGGAAUCAAAAAAAUUCACCAACAUCGAAACUGAAAAUCAAACACAAUAAAUUCACGAACGAAUCAAAGGAAAGACGUAAGAAAAGACUUCAACAGUGGAAAAUGCUGCAGGCUAAUAAAGCUAAUGGUAGCACAUCGUCUCCACAGAGUACAUUUCAUCGAAACAUUCGGAAUCAUUCUACACCAGUGAUUGGGAAUGGUGGUAAUACAUCUAGCCGUUUGAGUAAUUCAAACAAAAAGAAAGAAAAGAAGAGAAAAUUGGUCGAUGACAUCAUUGAUUUAACACCGAAAAAGUACAGAACAUCAUCGAAUGACAGUGACAUUGAAAUUAUUGAGCCUGAGCCACCUACCAUUAUCGAUCUCGCAACAGAUGACACAUAUAACUGUAAUGCAUUGACCACAGUUAAUGCAACUGCAGACACUGUCGUAGCAGCUUCGGAUUGCCAAGAUAGGGAAAAUAAGAGUUCAGAUACUGCUGUUAACGUGAUAAUUGAUUCUGCGGACUCUAUUGACUUAGCAGAAACUUCGAACGAAGUGAAAAAAGUGAUCGAAAUCGAUCAGCCCGACCCUGAAUCGGUACCAUUGUAUGUUGUAUGUAAGGAUGCAAGCGUUAACGAUUCGAUAAAACCACCGUUGUACGAUCUCGUGUCGGAUGACUCGUUUUGUUUCGAUUCACCGUACGCUACACCAGUGUCAUCACAAGAUUUCUCAUUCUCACGAUUUGCUACAACACUGGCUCCGCAAAACAUCUCACAGAAUAAAACUUUGACGAAUAGUGUUGAUGAUUCUGUGGUGUUUGUGAGUGAAACAAUGCAAACUCCGAAAAGAGUACCACCAGUCUGGGAUUAUGUUCCAAUAAUGAAUAGAGGACGUCCAAUACAAACUUCCAAUAGAGUUGGACGAGCUGAUGACUAUAUUCCCAUCAAUAAUGGAAGAGGUUCGAAGAAGCGAAAGAAAAGCCGAUCACCGCGAGAAAAUUCGCAAAAACGACGGUCUCCGAAAGAAACAGAAACGAGCUCAAAUAACCAAAUCCCUGCGACACAAACCAGUACGACUGCAACGAAUCCAAAACCUAUAUCGGGAAUAAAGAGAAUGGUGCUGAUUGAUGGAAGCAAUGUUGCAUUUGGCCAUUCGCGAAAUAAAGGCUUCUCAGUGGAGGGAAUCAACAUUUGCCUUAACUAUUUUUUGGAGCGAGGAUACGAGGCAAAGGCAAUUGUGCCGCAAAUGAGAUUGAAAAACAGAAAAUCAUCUAAUACCGAUCUGCUGGCAAAACUGGAAAGUGAAGGGAAAGUGGUGUUUUCGCCAUGCAAGAAUUUACCGAACGGACAUAAUGUCACAAGUUACGACGAUAGAUUUAUUAUGGAUUUUGCUGUGGAUUUUGAUGCAGCGGUAAUAUCGAAUGACAAUUAUCGUGAUUUGUCGAAAGAGAAUGAAAAGUAUCGACACGUAAUUAGCACGCGUGUGAUUGGAUUCACGUUUUUGAAUGAUAUCAUCCGGUUUCCACAAGAUCCGUACGGGAAAUUUGGCCCAUCGCUAACUGAAAUACUGGAUGGAAAAGAGAAAUAGCUCAUUUAUGAGCAUGUGUGAUCUAUUUUUUAUGUUUUUGAUUGGUUGUACGCAUCUUUGUUGAUUAUCAAGAUACGUUUAUUGAAAUUUCGAGAAAAAAAUAUUUUUUUUUUGUUUGGUCAUUGUAUGGUGAUUCGAUAUUAAACUUCUAGAAACAAC